GUCUUCAGUGAAGUAUAAAGGGAAUAACAUGGUGUCCCAGUGGCUGUUUAUGUUUACUUAAAGAACAGAUUUGAAAGGGCGUUCAGCAGGACACAACGGACUCUUCUGUACAGCUAAGAGUUUCUUUUUUUUUUUUGCACUUUUUAUGUUAAGAUUUACAAGGCCAUUGGCAUGUAAAUCUUCAUAUUUCACUAAUGUGCCAGUCUUACAAAUGGAAAGGGGGCUUCACUUUGGAAACGUGAGCAUUUCCCUGGUGCUCCUGCUGCUGUUGCUGAAAGCCCUCAUCGGAUUCGGGAUCUCGCAAACUCAGGGCUCCGAGCCGCUGUCCGCAACCCGGGGUUCAGGUUCGACCUCGGGCGAAGAUGGUGCAAGAGUCAUCAUGAAGCUGGGCUUGGAGAACCUGGGCGCCCCGGUCCUUUACGGAGACGUUACUGUGGAGGACGACGAUAACGGGUCGGCGGGAGAAGCGGACGAGUCAUAUGGAGAAAGUGACGGAAACAUCCAACCGACGAGGUCUCUUGUGAUCAUCAGCACCCUGGAUGGGAGGAUUUCAGCUCUGGAUCCUCACAACCAGGGCAGGAAGCAGUGGGACCUAGAUGUCGGAUCAGGGUGCCUGGUGUCCUCGAGCCUCAGCAAACCUGAGGUGUUUGGCGAUAAGAUGGUCAUUCCUUCACUGGAUGGUGCCUUGUUCCAGUGGAACCGGGACAGGGAGAGUAUGGAGGCAGUGCCUUUCAGUGUCGAGUCCCUGCUGGAGUCCUCCUACCGAAUCGGGGAGGACACAGUUCUGGUUGGGGGCAAAUCCCUCACCACCUAUGGCCUUGGGGCAUACAGUGGCAAGCUUCGGUACAUCUGCUCGGCGGUGGGCUGCAGUCGCUGGGGCGAUGACGAGAUGGAGGCAGAAGAUGUGCUCCUGCUGCAGAGGACUCAGAAGACGGUGCGAGCCAUCAGGCCGCGAUCGGGGAUGGAGAAGUGGAACUUCAGUGUUGGAAACUACGAGCUGAAGUUCGUUACUGAGAUGCAGUCGGGAAUUAACUUCCUGGAGGGAGAGGUUGCGAAAGGCGAAGCCUGGAGGGAGAGUCAGCGAGUCAUCGUCGAUGAGCCAAAGGACAGCGAGAGCACAGAGAAGCAGCCAAAGCACAAGAAGAAGAAUCUGGACCUGGUCAUCAAAGUGUCUGUUCCUGAUUGGAAGGUCAUGGCGUUCAGCAGUGAGUCUGAGGGGCAGCUGGUCUGGGAACGUCAGUUCUGCACCCCAAUCGCUUCGGCUUGGCUUGUGGGCGGAGGUAAAGUCACACCGAUCACUCUGUUUGACGACAACGCCUACAGCAACCAGUCAGAAACGGACGACGAGGACGGUGAUAAAGACGAUCCAAAGAAGGCCAGAGGAGCUGCCGAGUCCAGCGUUUACCUCGGGAUGUUCCAGGGACAGCUCUACCUCCAGUCCUCUGUGAGGAUCACCGAAAAGUUCCCCGCCAAAGCUAUCGGAUCAGAAAAGGACAUCAUCCCUCUCCCCACUGUCAAAUGGAAGCCUUUAAUCCAUUCCCCGUCUCGGACACCCGCCCUGGUUGGCUCUGAUGAAUUCGACAAGUGUCUGAAUAAUGACAAAUUCUCCCAUGAACAGUACAGCAACGGAGCGCUGUCCAUCCUCCAGUAUCCAUACGACAACGGCUACUACUUCCCCUACAGCAAGCGUUACCGGGAGAAGCGAGACAGCGCCGUGAGCCUCAUCAGUGGAAACGGUGCAGGAGGGGAGACUCGCAGGAAGAAGGACCCCGUGCUGCUCCUGCCCUGGUGGAAGGAGAUCCUGGGCACCAUCUUCUUCUGCAUCGCCGCCACCACCUACAUCGUCCGCAAGUUCUUCCAUCCCCCGGCCCCUGUGACAUAUGUGAGGCAACGGAAAGAGUCGGAGACCCAGUGCCAGACGGACUGCAAGUUUGACCUUGAGGUUGUUGAAUCCAAAGAGCCAGUUGCUAUGGAGACCCGCUCCAGCGACUAUGUGUCCAGGUACCUGACCGACUUUGAGCCCGUGCAGUGCCUCGGCCGCGGGGGCUUCGGCGUCGUGUUUGAAGCCCGCAACCAAGUGGACGACUGCAACUACGCCAUCAAACGGAUCCGCCUGCCCAACAGGGAGCUGGCCCGGGAGAAGGUGAUGAGAGAGGUGAAAGCCCUGGCCAAGCUGGAGCACCCGGGGAUCAUCCGCUACUUCAACGCCUGGCAGGAGAGCCCGCCCGAGGGCUGGCAGGAGGAGAUGGACCAGAGGUGGCUAAAAGACGACAGUACCACCGACUGGCCAAUGAGCUUCCUGGACCACAUGGAGGCGCUGUCAGUCAAAGUCCCAGUGUCCAGCUCAGUGUCCCCCGUCCCUGGUCCCGCAGGAGACGCUCUGGAGGUCUCCGUAGACACACAGGCUCUCCUCUCCAGCAGCACUGAAGGCGCUGCAGGAUUUGGUGUCGACAUCAGAGACCUGUCCUUCCAGCCGAUGUUGGGCCACGACAGCCUGAUGUCCGAGAGGGACAGCCAGGCCGACCCCGACGCCUCGGACACCCCCCACUCCUUCGAGCUGUGUCCUCCGCGCGGCCCCAGCGACUGCACCUCGUCCUCCUUCGACAUCGUGUUUGAGGACUCGGGCUGCGACCGGGACGUCGACGCGGACUCGGAUUCUGCUUCCAGUGCAGCCAGUCCGAGCACGACGACGGAGAAGAACAGCUUGUCUUCCUUGCACAUCAGACGGCAGGAGUCCGUCCCGCCCUCCUCUUCCUCUCCCCCUCGGCCGACCUCGCUCGCCCUGGCUCCCCCUACGACUCCCGCGACACAGCGAGUCCAGCCGUCGCCCAAGGUGUAUCUGUACAUCCAGAUGCAGCUCUGUCGGAAAGAGAACCUGAAGGACUGGAUGGCUCAGCGCUGCCUCCCCGAGCAGAGGGAGCACAACCAGUGUCUGGACAUCUUCCUCCAGAUCGCCGAGGCCGUCGACUUCCUGCACAGCAAGGGCCUAAUGCACAGGGACCUCAAGCCCUCCAACAUCUUCUUCACGAUGGACGACGUGGUGAAGGUGGGAGACUUCGGCCUGGUGACGGCCAUGGACCAGGAGGAGGACGAGGACGAGCUGAGCGCCUUGACGCCCGCCCCGCUCCUGACCCGGCACACGGGCCAGGUCGGCACCAAGCUGUACAUGAGCCCAGAGCAGCUCUCUGGAAACUCGUACUCUCACAAAGUGGACAUUUACUCUCUGGGUCUGAUCCUGUUUGAGCUUCUUUAUCCUUUCAGGACGCAGAUGGAGAGAGUGAUGACGCUGACAGAGGUGAGAGCGCUGCGCUUCCCAGAGUCCUUCUCCAAAAACAACGUUCAGGAGCUCAGCAUGGUGCGCAGCAUGCUGUCGCGGAGCCCCGGCGAGCGCCCCGAGGCGGCCGACAUCACGGGGACCCCCCUCUUCCAGGAGCUGGAGCCGCCCUUCCGGAUGGCCACGAGGCAGCGCUCCCGCACCUACAGCGCCUCGUCCAUGGGCCGCCCUUCACGCCAGACAUCGUCUACCUGAAAAGUCCCUCAUAACGCAAUACCCCCCCACCCCCCCUUUCACCCCCCCCAUGUUGUUCUGCAGUUCAAGAGAAACACCUCAGCCCCCCACGGCAUCACACACUGCCUCAGACAGAAUCACUUUAAACGCCACGUUGAACUCUGCACCCGUUUGCUCUUCGUGGUUAAACGCCGUUACACCGUUACGCCGCCCAGGCGCUCCGACUUCAAAUCGCACAUGCCAGUCAAAGAAUCUUUCACAAGCGAGCGGCGUCCCCUGUGAUGUUUCAGGACCAGACCCGGCUCAGGUGUGGGUCUCUUUGCUACCAGGUGGGGGCGGUGUUUACCGUUUACCUCCGAGCUACAUGCUAAUGGCUUCUUUUUUUUUUGAACCGGGUCUGGUCCGGACACGCUGCUCGCUCGCUCCCCCCUUCAUUCAUCCAGUGUUCACUCACCCACGCUACACCCUCAGGUAUCAAAACCAAGAGGACACUCCAAAGGGGCCUUUUGAUGCUUGAUCAUCCUAUCGACCAGUGACUCCUGCGGAUCACUGGUGCGAGCACUAUCCGGUGUUUUAACACCCAAUAUGCCUGAUUUGAGAGACCAAAAAAAAAAAAAAAGAAGAAGACGAACAUCUUUUUUUCCUAUGUGUGUUUUUUUAAACGAGAGAUGAUGAUGUAUUGAGGAGAGAGAGAGAGAGUUUAUGAAUCCAGUGAAUCAGAUAUGAUAUGCCUUUUUAGAAACGGGGCCUUUCCUCUGAAUGAAUGAAUGCCGAGCGCCUCCGUCUCUUCUGCAUGAACCCGACAGGAAGUGAAGCGACGAGUGCGACUUUGUUCUCUUUAAAAGCCAGUACUUGGAAAGCGCGUGUACAUUUUUACACAGUAACUCUGUGGAGGUGCUCAAUCAUUUUCAAACACCUCCUCUUUGUACAUAAAUGAGGGAAAAAAUCUGUUUAUAUCUUUUCUUUUUUUUCAAAGUAAGUUCAUGUACAUAGUGUAAGACGCCCAUUGCUUGUAAAAGGCUUUUUUUUUUUUUCUUCCACGACUGUAAGAUAGUGUGAAAUACUGUGGGAGAGGGAACAAAGGGGGGGGGGGGGGGACGAGCUCUGCCAUUAACAGAUAGCUGAAUGUUACAGUGUGACCUCCAGAGACACAGUGAUGGUGGUGUCACCUCUUCUGGCUGUUUGAAAUUAUUCUCAGUGUUUGUUUUUCAUGUUCGGGGGGGAAGCGUUGGGUGUGCCCCUUUGCUUUAAGCACCAGAGAGAACGCCACAGGACCAGAGUGCCAUUUGAGGGUCGGAUAAGUGUACUUUUUUUCUGUAACUGAUAACUCACCUAUCACCUUUUUUUGAUGAUGAUGUUUCCAAGGAAGCGACACAAACCCCCCGCCGCCGUGAAGCAGGAGAAACUAGCAUUUAGUCAAGAAGAGGACACUGAUUAAUCCUCUCUGCAGGAGGGGGGCGGGGCCUGAUGCUGGUCAUGUUAUUCCACAUGUACAUAGGAAGGUGCUGGGAGAGUGUAACCACACACACACACACACACACACACACACACACUGCUAAUUGUAACGUGCUUUAAAAUUUACUGAUUGUACUUUUUCUAAAGGAUCUUUUUCUCUCUUUUUUAACAAGCGCAGUUUUUUUGGAUUAUCCUGCUGCAGAGUUUUUUGAUUACUGUAGAGUCUCGACUGUGUGUCCGAUACAGGAAGUGGAAUCGACGUCCGCUCAGAAGACGAGGAAAGUCUCGGUGUAAAAAUUCUCUCUCCAGGCUGUUUGUCCCCUCGUCUUACAGGAUGACACAUCCUCGUGUGUGAGGGGAGGAAGUCGUUUUUUAAGUUUGUAAAAUGUAGGAAGAGGUGACUUAACAUCCCAAGUUUAAAAGAAGUUCACUAAAGACGUGUGUUUGAUGACGUAAACCACCUGAAGAAGUGGAAAAGAGGAAACACAAACGGUGUAAUAUGAACAUUUCCUUCCUGUCAUGUGAUCAAACAGUUUAUGUUUUUCAUCCCUUUUCCUCGAUGAUCGCUCAUGUCAACAUCACGCCCUCUUCUCGUUCUCUGAUGCCUCAGUCCCCGACAUGUAGUCGCGUGUUCUCGUGCACAAACCCCCUCCCCCCCCCCUCCCUCCCCCCCUGCGUCCACGUUGAAUUGUAAAUAUGUUUAUUUGCUUUAUUUAUGUUUCCACGAUGUGAUGAUCAAUCCUUUUUUUGGGUUGGUGUUAUUAUGAAUGCGCUUCAUGCGACUGGAGCGCGUUGGAAUAUGAUGACUUCUUACAAGUCUAAAUUUAAUAAACUGUUCUAUACCCUU